GAGGCCUGCUCCCCUCCCCCUCUUGGAGAGCGAGCGAGCUGAGACUCUGGAGAGAUGCCGCCCCCCUCAGACAUCGUCAAGGUAGCUGUGGAGUGGCCAGGGGCCAAUGCCCAGCUGCUGGAAAUUGACCAGAAGCGGCCCCUGGCCUCCGUCAUCAAAGAAGUGUGCGACGGCUGGUCGCUGCCCAACCCCGAGUUCUACACGCUGCGCUAUGCCGACGGGCCCCAGCUGUACAUAACUGAGCAGACUCGCAGUGACAUUAAGAACGGGACCAUCCUGCAGCUGGCCGUUUCCCCGUCUCGGGCUGCCCGCCAGCUGGUGGACCGGAUCCAGUCGCACAGCAUGGAGGCCCGGCUGGAGGCCAUGAAGGAGCUGGCCAAGCUGUCCGCGGACGUCACCUUUGCCACCGAGUUCAUCAACAUGGACGGCAUCGUGGUGCUGACCCACCUGGUGGAGAGCGGCACCAAGCUCCUGUCCCACUACGGCGAGAUGCUGGCGUUCGCCCUGACGGCCUUCCUGGAGCUCAUGGACCACGGCGUCGUGUCUUGGGACAUGGUCUCCCUCACCUUCAUCAAACAGAUUGCCGGGUACGUGAGCCAGCCCACGGUGGACGUCUCCAUCCUGCAGCGCUCCCUGGCCAUCCUGGAGAGCAUGGUGCUGAACAGCCAGAGCCUGUACCAGAAGGUGGCCGAGGAGAUCACGGUGGGGCAGCUCAUCUCCCACCUGCAGGUCUCGAACCAGGAGAUCCAGACCUACGCGAUUGCCUUGAUCAACGCCCUCUUCCUGAAGGCGCCCGAGGACAAGAGACAGGACCCGCUCCUUAACCCACUAGAGCUGCCCUGCACUGAGAUGGCCAACGCCUUCGCCCAGAAGCACCUGCGCUCCAUCAUCCUGACCCACAUCAUCCGAGGAAACCGCCCGAUCAAGACGGAGAUGGCUCACCAGCUGUACGUGCUUCAGGUCCUGACCUUUAACCUCCUGGAAGAGCGCAUGAUGACCAAGAUGGACCCCAAUGACCAGGCACAAAGGGACAUCAUCUUUGAGCUACGAAGAAUCGCCUUUGACGCAGAGGCCGAGAGCAACAGCCUCUCUGGGGGCGGCAUGGAGAAGCGCAAAGCCAUGUACAUCAAGGACUACAAGAUGCUAGGCUUCACCAACCACAUCAACCCCGCCCUGGACUUCACGCAGACCCCGCCAGGGAUGCUGGCCUUGGACAACAUGCUGUACCUGGCCAAGAACCAUCAGGACACCUACGUCCGGAUUGUCCUGAAAAACAGCAGCCGGGAGGACAAGCACGAGUGCCCCUUUGGGCGCAGCGCCAUCGAGCUCACCCGAAUGUUGUGUGAGAUCCUGCAGGUUGGAGAACUUCCCAACGAGGGCCGGAACGACUACCACCCCAUGUUCUUCACUCACGACCGCGCCUUCGAGGAGCUGUUUGCCAUCUGCAUCCAGCUGCUGAACAAGACCUGGAAGGAGAUGCGUGCCACGGCGGAAGACUUCAACAAGGUGCUGGGGGCUGGGGGAGGGAAUCCGUGGGGAAGUGAGUCCAUCGCCAUGGGUGCGCCACCUGCCCGUCAGCCGGAACCAUGUGCGUCGUGUCUUGCAGAGCGCUUCUGGUACUGCCGCUUGGCGCUCAACCACAAGAUGCUGCACUACGGGGACCUGGAGGACAACAACGCCCAGGGAGAGGUGACCUUUGAGUCCCUGCAGGAGAAGAUCCCUGUCGCAGACAUCAAGGCCGUUGUCACUGGGAAAGACUGCCCCCACAUGAAAGAGAAGGGAGCCCUGAAGCAGAACAAGGAGGCGCUCGAGCUGGCCUUCUCCAUCCUCUACGACCCCGACGAGACCCUGAACUUCAUUGCGCCCAACAAAUAUGAGGUGGCCAUCUGGAUCGACGGCCUGAACGCGCUCCUGGGGAAGGACAUGGCCAGCGAGCUGACCAAGAGCGACCUGGACACCUUGCUGAGCAUGGAGAUGAAGCUGCGCUUGCUGGACCUGGAGAACAUCCACGUCCCCGAGGUGCCCCCCCCCGUCCCCAAGGAGCCCAGCAGCUACGACUUUGUCUACCACUACGGCUGAGGCGGGCGGGCGGGGGCCCCUCCGGCCUCCGCCACACCACGCCACCCUUGCAUGCGCUGGCCUCGGCUUUCCCCGCCGACCACC